UUCUUAUUAAGCGAACCAGAGAAACAGAAACCCAAAAAAAAAAAUGGAGGAGUCGGACUCGAACUCGGACUCGAACUCGGACUCAAACUCGGACUCGAAAUUGAACUCAAACUUGAACUCGAACUCGAACUCAGAAGCAAAGCAAAGUUGGAGUUCAAACGAAGAACUGGCGUUAAGCUUAGGAGUAUCAAAAUACGGUGUUGGUAAUUGGAAAUCCAUUCUGGAAGAUCCUGAAUUCAACAGAUAUCUGAAUUCUCGUUCUGAUGUGGAGCUCCAGGAAAAAUGGCAGCAGAAUAUGAACAUUGAAGCAUCAAUGCCACAGCAGGCUAUUCAAGAUCAGACGAUGUCCGAAGUAGAGUCCGAGUCCGAGGCUGUGGCCGACGCCGACGUCGAAUCCGAGGCCGAUGCCGAUGCUGAUGCCGAGUUCGAGUCUGAGGCAGAGAUAGAGGCCGAUGCCGAGCCCGAAGACGAGGCAGAGGCAGAUGCCGAUGCCGAUACCGAGUCCGAGGCAGAGGCAGAGACCGAUUCCGAGGUUAAGGUCGAGGCAGAGGACUAUGAAUCAGUGCAAUUGAAAGCAGCUGAAAGAGUAGCCUUCUUGAUCGCUGACGCGGAAAAUAAGGAACAAAGAGUAGCUGAGUCUUUUAAGAAUCUACAAAAGUUAAAAGAGAUGAAACAAGAAACAGAUGCAAUUCUAAAAAAAGCUCAAAAGAUCUUUGACCGAGUAAUACAUGAUCGAUAGUAACUAUGAAAUUUAAGUUAAAUUUUUACCUCAAAUAUGUAAGACAUUAUUACAAUAAUUUUAAGGAAGUUAGAGGGAUUAGGUUCUUGGUUCUCUUUGCCAGAGCAAAAUUAUAGG